AUGAUGGAGGACAAUCACAUGGGCAAGGUCUCCGGCAUGGAGUGGUCAGAUUCAUCAUCCGGGGCGUCCGACGAUCAGCAACAUGACCAGCAAGAGCAGCCAGUCAUCCAUGCUCCAGUCCCGGUACGACCACGAUUGCCGAGCCGAAAGAGCAGUGGGACCAUGAUCGUACCGCGCGACUCUAUUGAGGUUGGCCCGGUCGAGAUGACGCUUGGGCCUGACGACGUGAGGGCCAUGAGCCCGAGGAGAACGAGCCAGGACCUCGAAAUGCUGAGCAAGGAAGCAAGAGAAGAGUUGCAAAGGCACGCCAAGGCGCUUCAGGACUCGCUGUUGGCCCUCUUCCACCGUAUCGAGGCUGUCAAAGAGGAACACAACAAGCUCGACAACAAUAACAAGUUUCUGCAAAAGUACAUUGGCGAUCUUAUGAGCACUAGCAAGAUCACAGCGCCCAGCAGCCGACCCAAGAAAUGA